AGCCAGGUAGUGCUCCACGAAAUGUAACAGCACGACCUCUCAGUUCGAGUACAAUUGUCAUACAGUGGGACCAUCCUAAAGAGCCGAAUGGUCAAGUGACUAGUUACAAAGUGUACUACACAACUAACCCUAAACUUCCAACAAAUGCAUGGAAUGCUCGAAAUGUUGAUAGGAAUCAGCUGACCACAAUCGGUGAUAUGACACCACAAACUAUCUACACUAUCAGGGUGCAGGCUUUCACCAGUAGGGGUCCAGGACCAUUUUCUGCUCCAGUGCAAGUGAAGACACAGCAGGGAGUGCCUAGUCAGCCAGGUGACAUGAAAGCUGUUCCCACAUCAUCAACAACAGUAGAGUUGUCAUGGAAACGCCCAGAAUAUUCCGGAGAAAACAUCAUAGGUUUUGAACUCUAUUGGAAUGAUACCUUUUCCCACCAACAGUAUCAUCGUUCAAUCCCCAACAUAGAAUCUUACACACUUAGUGAUCUGUAUCCAAAUACUGUCUACUAUGUGUGGGUUGCAGCCAAAUCAAAGAGGGGUGAAGGUGCCGCAACACUUCCCAUUGCUGUUAGAACAGACCAGUAUGUGCCUGGCGCUCCUCCCCAAGAUGUCCACGGCUAUGCCUUAAACUCCCGAUCCCUUCACAUCACCUGGCAACCCCCUCCCCUGGACCAGCAGAAUGGCAACAUCACCUACUAUAAACUCAAGUACUUGAAGGCCGACGAGGGUAACGAUCCAAGCAAGGCCCGUCAGAUCCAGACUGGCCCUGAUGAACGUUCGUUUACCAUUGAUAGGCUGGAGAAGUGGACAGAGUAUCAUGUAUGGGUGCUGGCAGGCACUGUCAUUGGUGAUGGUCCAUCUUCCAAACCACUUAAUAUAUGCACCGAGGAAGAUGUACCAGGUGAGCCUCGUCAAGUCCAGGUCAAAGUAAUAAACAGUACCUCCUUGAAUGUCCAGUGGAAGCUUCCAUCAAUUCAUGAAAGAAAUGGACUGAUCAGAGGUUUUCAGAUUCAUGUGCAGGAGAAAAACUUGGAUGGGGAUUUAGUCAAUGAGCCUAUUCGAUAUGAUGUAGCCAAUGAAAAAGCAGAAGAGUAUAAUGUAACGGGUCUGCAACCAGACACAACUUAUGCCGUGCAAGUGGCUGCUGUGACUCGUAAGGGAGAUGGAACCCGCAGUCAUCCUCAAAUAGCUAAAACAACUGGUGGAGUUCCUACAAGGCCAGAGUUAAUAUUAAAAGUAUUGAAACAGGACCCUCUAGUUAGCGUCAAUGUAUCAUGGCUUCCACCUUCCCAUGUUUAUGGAGAUCUUAAGUUGUACCGUUUGAAGUUUAGCCGUGCAGAUGGAACCCAUAAGGAACAAAAAGAAAUUCAACCCAGCAACACGUACAUAGUCAUUGAAGAUUUGGAUCGUGGUGCUAAGUACCAGUUCCGACUAGCUGGAAAAAAUCAAGUAGGGUGGGGACAAGAGGCUGUUCUUCAACUAGAUACUCCUGAAGGCCGACCAACAGCUCCACCACAAAAUAUCAGCAACCAUCUCCAGAGUCCAACGACCGUUCUAGUCACGUGGAGUCCACCACUGAGACAGUACAGUAAUGGAAAAAUCGUCCUAUACCAAAUUCAGUUUCAUCGAGCUUCAGAUCAGAAUCCUGAAACAAAGAACACAACAUUAACUCGUCUGGUCUUCAGUGACUUGGAUGAGAACACGGAAUAUUUGUUUCGAGUCCGUGCCAUGACCUCUGCAGGGUUUGGACCAUGGAGCAGGCUAGAGAAUGUCCAUACCCCUGGUGAUGUUCCUUCUGCUCCUACAAAUGUACAAGCAAUGGCAACUUCUGACCAGUCUGUAGAAGUCUGGUGGGAUGAAGUUCCUUAUUUUUUAGAUAUUCUGGGAUAUCGGGUGCUCUUUACACAAACUGCUGGAGAGGAUUUAGAUCUUUGGAGAUUAAAAGAAGUUCCUCUCACUUGGUCAGCAGAAUUAACUGGACUCGACACCCAUGGUCAGUAUUCAAUUAGAGUAGGAGCAUACACCCGUCAAGGUGUGGGACGACUCUCUGAGAUAAUAACCGUGAAGGUUAGCCCCCAAGAUGUUCCCAAUAAUCUUCAAGCAUAUGGGAUUACAACUCACAGUAUGAAGUUGUCAUGGCGACAUCCCAUUAAACUUAAUCCAAUAGGAUACAAAUAUAACUGGGACGGAAGUAGCUGGGCUUGUCUCAGCAUUCCCGUGUUAUACUUGCAUAAAUCUUCAGGAAAAGGGGAAGAGAUUGGGACUCCAAGGCCAAUGGUCAAGCCUGAUCACCUUGGGAUCAAGAAUAACCAGGAAAUUAAAGUGAUAUUACCCCAAGCCUCGGAAGAGUAUGGUUUGAUAAGUCACUACUACCUCAUAGUUGUCACAGAAGAACAAGCUAGAGAGAACACUGACACAUAUACAGAGGAUGAGCUCAUGAAGACAUCUUUAGAUCAACGUGAGCCUUACAUUACUGCUAAGUUCCUAAGACGCAACAUGCCCCAAAACUUUCUUCUAGGAGAUGGGAAAGUCUAUAAUGGCUUCCUGAAUCGCCGCUUACAGCAUGGACAGAAGUACAGGAUAUUUGUGAGGGCAGUAGUAGAUACACCCCUAGAGAAUCUCUAUACCAGCAGUCCUCUGUCAGAUGCUUUGAGUCUAGAUAUGAAUGGUGGUUCUUUAGAUUCGGAAAAUGCCAAGACCACUGAAAUUAAUAAGGCACAUGAUGAUGAAGUUAAUAAGGUUUACAGCAAUCAACAGUCUGGAAUAUUUUGGAUCAUUGGCCCAAUAGUCGCUUGUGUGUUGAUCAUAACUUGUGUCAUUAUUGUCUUUAUUAUGAAAAGGCGUAGACAGUUAAGUAAAACACCAGGUGGUGAAACAACAACAAAACUCCUCGUCAAUCCUUCAGACAGAGAGUUUACUACCCACCCAAUGGACCCUGUCGAGUUGCGAAGGCUGAAUUACCAAACCCCAGCCAUGAUGAAUCAUCCUCCCAUCCCAUUGACAGAGUUGGCCAAUCACAUUGAAAUGUUAAAAUUAAAUGAAAAUCUGAAAUUUUCACAAGAAUAUGAGUCCAUAGAACCUGGGCAGCAGUUUACUUGGGAGAAUUCCAACUUGGAAGUUAACAAACCCAAGAAUCGGUAUGCUAAUGUUAUUGCUUAUGAUCACAGUCGAGUGGUGCUACAGCCUCUACAAGAUAUUCCAGGCUCAAACUACAUCAAUGCUAAUUACUGUGAUGGUUACAGAAAGCAUAAUGCUUACAUUGCUACUCAGGGACCUCUACCAGAAACAUUUGGAGACUUCUGGAGGAUGGCUUGGGAACAGCGUUCAGUCUCUAUUAUCAUGAUGACAAAAUUGGAAGAAAGAACCAGAAUUAAAUGUGACCAGUACUGGCCCAGUAGAGGUACAGAUACUUAUGGAGUAAUGCAUGUCACUUUGACAGAUGUACAGGAAUUGGCAACAUACUGCAUACGCACCUUUACAUUACAGAGGAUGGGGCUUUCAGAGAGGCGAGAGAUACGACAGUUUCAGUUUACAGCAUGGCCAGAUCAUGGAGUACCAGAUCAUCCCACACCUUUCUUGAUCUUUCUGAGACGAAUCCGGUCCAUGAAUCCCCCAGAUGCUGGGCCUAUCAUUGUGCAUUGCAGUGCUGGAGUCGGAAGAACUGGCUGCUUUGUGGUCAUUGAUUCCAUGUUGGAGAGGCUCAAGCACGAAAACACAGUUGACAUUUAUGGCCACGUGACAUGCUUGAGAGCCCAGAGGAACUACAUGGUACAGACAGAAGAUCAAUACAUUUUCAUCUAUGAUGCUGUUUUAGAUGCUGUUCUCUCUGGAAAUACUGAAGUUCCUGCCCAAAAUCUUUAUUCCCACAUACAGCAGCUAAUGGAGGUUGUGCCAGGAGAUAACAGUACAGGCAUGGAAAUAGAAUUUAAGAGAUUAACAAGCAUAAAGACAGCCUCUGCUAAGUUUAUUAGUGCCAAUCUUCCCGUCAACAAGUUCAAAAAUAGAUUAAUGAAUAUCUUGCCUUAUGAAGCCACACGAGUUUGUCUCCAGCCAAUUCGUGGAGUUGAUGGAUCAGAUUAUAUCAAUGCCAGCUUUAUUGAUGGUUACAAGUAUCAAAAUGCUUACAUUGCCACUCAGGGUCCACUACCAGAAACAACUGAAGAUUUCUGGAGGAUGUUGUGGGAGCACAACUCAAACAUUGUUGUUAUGUUGACCAAACUGAAAGAAGUUGGUCGGGAAAAGUGUCAUCAGUAUUGGCCAAGUGAGCGAUCGCAGAGGUACCUGUAUUAUGUGGUUGACCCUAUCACAGAAUACAACAUGCCACAAUAUAUCUUGAGAGAGUUUAAAGUCACAGAUGCUCGGGAUGGCCAGUCAAGAACAAUUCGUCAAUUUCAUUUCACUGAUUGGCCAGAACAGGGUGUGCCCAAGUCAGGAGAAGGGUUUAUUGAAUUCAUUGGACAAGUUCACAAGACUAAAGAGCAGUUUGGUCAAGAAGGUCCGAUUACCGUUCAUUGCAGUGCUGGAGUUGGUCGAACUGGAGUUUUCAUCACCCUCAGUAUUGUAUUGGAAAAGAUGCAGUAUGAGGGAUUUGUGGACCUUUUCCAGACAGUCCGGACUCUGAGGACCCAACGACCAGGAAUGGUUCAGACAGAGGACCAGUACCAGUUUUGCUACAGAGCAGCAUUAGAAUACCUUGGCUCAUUUGAUCACUAUGCAAAUUAGCCUUCACAUCAGUUUGGCCAGUGAGUGUUGUGUCUAUGUACUCGUACUUGAGACUUGCUGAAAAAUGUUGUUCUCCUAAUCUUACCACUGUCAACAGUUAGUGUUGUGUUAAUAUACUCGCACUGAGACUUGCUGAAGAAUAUCAUUCUCCUAAGCUUGCCACUGUCAACAGUUAGUAUUGUGUUAAUAUACUCGCACUGAGACUUGCUGAAGAAAAUUGUUGUCCUAACCUUACCACUGUCAACGAUUAAAGUGUUGUGUGUCUGUGUAUUCACACUCGAGACUUGCUGAAGAAUAUCAUUCUCCUACUCUUACCACACUGUCAACAGUUAGUGUUGUGUUAACAUACUCACUCCAGACUUGCUGAAGAAAGAGGGUUCUCCUAAUAUUACCAUUGUCGACAGUUAGUGUUCUGUUAAUAUACCCACACUUGAGACUUGCUGCAGAACAAAGUUCUGCUAACCUUAGCACUUUCAACAAUAAAAGUGUUGUGUUAAUAUACUCACACAUGAGACUUGCUGAAAAUAUUGUUCUUCUAAUCUUACUGCUUUCAACAAUAAAAGUGUUGUGUUAAUAUACUCACACAUGAAACUUGCUGAAAAUAUUGUUCUUCUAAUCUUACUGCUUUCAACAAUAAGGGUUGGGUCUAGUUACUUACACAUGAGACUUACUGGAGAAUAUCGUUCUCCUAAUCUUACCAUUGUCUACAAGUAAAGUGUCAUGUCAAUAUACUCCCCUUGUGUGCACAAAUACUUGAAUCUUGCUGAAGAAUGUCAUUCUCCUAAUAUGGCCAUUGGUCAUCUAAAGUUGCCUCUAGCAAAAGAAAGAAAUGUGAACUAAAACUUAGUGAAAUAAACUUCAAAUCGUUUCACUUUUUGGCCUCAGGUUCAUUAGAGAGCAUGUGUUCUGUUAAUGUAUGUUGUAGUCUCACUGCUUUUGCUCUUUCUUAUCAUUGAAAUGAAACAACAAAAGUGGUGAUCUGGUUCAAGUCUCAAGGCACUCACUGCCAUUGUUCAUUAUACCAUGCUCAAGACUCAGACGUUGCCUUGUGGUGUGUUGUGGUGGAAGUGUCUAUAGCUGCUGUGAUGGUUGCCACUUUAGUCAAAGCUGCUCCUUUUUUCAACUAGUGUUACGAAUUACUAAAAAUGCUUAAUUGGUGACCUCUAGUUUCUGUGUUGUUCUCUACUGUUUGACAUCAAACAACAUUCCUGGGAAAUUGGAAAUGAGAUUAUUGUCCUCAAACUAGCAUAAUAUAUUUGGAAAUUGCUAUAUUGUAAACAAGGUGUAUUUCAGUGAGCUUGUUUACAAAACUUAUGUGAUGUUUACUUAAACAAUUAAAUGUAAUACUUGUCUUUUUUUUUUUUUGGUCUUUGCGUUUUUAUUAAGUAUUAUUGCAGAAACAAGAUUUUGAACAUUAUCUAUAGUAGUUUUCUUGAACUAGACACACUCUUCCAGUUCCUUAGGUGUUCAGAUUGUUAUAAAACCUGCAGUUCAGAUAAACCUCAAAUACUUCUGGAAAUACUCCAAUAGUAACUACAGUCACUGGGUUUAUGUUGAUGGAAGGUAAGGCACCUCCACACUUUUGGUAAAUCUAUUAUUUUUGAAAACUCGCAUAGUUUAUGAUGAUGCAUACCUUUCAAUAUUUUUGUAUUUGUACAUUAAUAUUUGAAUUCCCUGUGGUAAGUGACUUUAUGUACUAUUUUGUUACCACACACUCUGGUAUAAGCAUGCCACUUAAAAACGAAAGGUAUAAUGAUUUCAUUGUGUAACUGGUUAUUCAGUAUAUAGGUUCCAGUAUUUUUCAUUGUUGGAAAGUUUGCCCACCCCCCUCUGUGCCAUCAGAAUCAUGUGAUUACAAUGAUGAGCAAGAAUAGUUGUAUACAUUAAAGCAUUUCAGUAUAAUUUCUUACAAUACCAUGUUUGCCGAGCUUAUACAAGUUUUUUGGUGUAGAUGAUCUGUGACAUUUUUUUUUAAAGGCAUAAAAUGUAUCAGCUAAAGUAUGUCAAUUAUAUCAUGAUAAUCCAUAAUUCAAUAGAGUAGAGGUAAAUAUUUAUUAAUCAAUUUCCAACAUCAUCUAAUAUGGAAGCACCUUCAUUUAACAUUUUUUAAACAGGUAAGGGAGAAUUUUGUGUUUACAAGUUAAAGAACCUGUUGAUUUUUAUUUCAUUGAAAUGAAUAACUGUGUAAUAUUAUACUAAAAUUAACAUGAUUCAUUUGGAAAUAGUUGUCCAUUGCUUAGAUUUAUUGUUUAUUUCACAAUUUUAGAGUUAAAAAGCUGAAUGUUUGUCAAAGUUUCCAUUCCCACAGUUUUUAGACAGAAAACCUGCAUGGGAUAAUUACUAGUCCUUUUCUGUUUUUAUGGGACAGGCUACUUGGAAGAGCUAAAACAGAUUUUUACUUUUUGUUAAUACAUCUCCAAUGCAGACAACACAGAAGCUACAAGUGGUAGUCUCAGUGGUUUUUUGGUUCCUUUGUUUUUAUUAAUUCUCUGUAAACAGUGUGAGUUGUUUGUUAUUAUUUAAAAAAUAUCUUUCAACCUCUAGAGUAAUGUUUUGAAACAGACAUUCUCAAGUUUAAAGAUUCUUGUAUUUUGUUGUUUAGCUGUCAAUAUGAUAAUACAUUCCAUUUUUUUUACCAACUGUUUUGUUCCAUAUAAACCAAAAGACUUGGCAUUUGGUAAAAGUAGACACCUAAAGCAACAGUAUACAAUAACAAGUGUAAAUAUUUAGGACAGAUUAGCAUUAAGUAAACAAUUGGCUACUUGUAGAUUCGAUCAAUUAGCACCUUCUAAGAUUUUUGAAACUCUUUAAAAAUUAUUUCAGGAAAACUUACAUCACAUCACCAUAAAAUGAGAAGUACAUGAUAUUGUCAACAGUGAUAAAGGAAAACAAAGAUAGUAGAGUGCCUUUUAUUGAUUAACAAUGUUUAAUAAUAUGUUGUGGAUGAUAUUUUAAAGGCAAGUUAAUGAGACCAUUAUUUAAACAAAAUAAUCCUGAUUAUACUACUCUAGCUAUCGAAGGUUAAGUUUAAUAAGGAACUCUGUAAAGUUAUUAACAUUAUCCAACUCUAGACUUGAAAAAGAAAAUUAUGUAUCUCCAACCAUAUGUCUAAAACAGAUUCUGAUUAAAGUCUCAGUACACUUGAUUUAUUUCUUGUGGCGUGUUUCUGUUACUUCUGUAUAAACACAACUGAUCUAUGAGUAGCCACAUAUAUCUCCAUGUCUUAGUCACUAAAGUAACUCAGGAAGUUGGCUAGGUUACUUUCUAAUUCUAGAAAUAAAUGGCUUUAUAACACCAAA